ACGGCGGCAUGGCGCGCGUGGAGUAGGAGCCCGAACCCGAAUGGGAUACUGACCGCGGGGAGUUCACACUAACAUUACUUACACUACUUCUUACUGUCUUGGCCUCCAACACGACUGCUCGCCACUGAUCUCGGUCCCUUGCUGUUUCUCUCAUAAGUCCCGAUAUCAUUAAAGUGUUUUGAUCUCUUACAGGAAUAAUAGAAUUUUGCUAAUAACAGUGAAGGAAGAAGCAGAAUUUAUGGAUGAAGAGGCGUGUGUGAAGGAGGAGUGCGAGGACAGCAGAGACGGGUGCGGCGUGAGCGAGGCAGCCAAGCUGGCCGGCCUGUACGACGAGCACGAGGUCAAGGACAAGCUUGUGCUGGGGCCGGAGCGCCCACACCGCCCCAUAGUCGGCCUGCUGGUGAAAGGCUGGGCUGUAGCUGCCGCUGGGGCGCGCAGAGCACAGCUCGCUAAAGACUCCUCCGUGCGGCUUGAGCGCCUUCACACGCACGGACAGCACCACACUACAACCGCACAUACCGUCACAGAGUCAGAAUACAGUAAUUAUGUUGUGUUGUUUUGAAUAUUCGGCUGAAGGAAUUCAAAUGCAAAAUUACUUUCACAUUUUCAAUAUUAGUAGGGUUAGUUUUUUUCAUAUUAGAUCGAAUAUUACACAGUUCGAAAAAGGAAGACUUUCAGAAAAACACAAUGAGGGCUACCGUUUUUGUGUUCACCAGUUAUAGUGGUAUUAUAUCUAGUUCAGGUAAAUGAGGGCUAUCGUUUUUUUGCUCACCAGUUGGCGCCUCUGUUGAUGGUGGUCCAAAAGACUAAAGAACAGCUGUCAGUCAUUGAAGUGCCAAGUGACAUUUGACAUUUCGAACUAUGGAAAAGACCACCAUCUACACUAGCGCCCCUAGCGGCGAAUUCAUACGCGUUAGCCCUCAUUACGUAAAUUGUUUUUUUUUAAUUCAAUUCAAUUUAAUGAAAGAAUGUUGACAAUAAGAUGUAAUGUUUUAAAAUGAUGUUGUCCUGCAGUGUUUCUUGCCGGUGCCAUAUUGUAAAAUGCCUACUUGAAAAAAACUAGAUUUAUAUUUAGUAAUAAUGAAUUAUAUGAAUUAAACAAUAUAUU